AUGGCAGACAUGAUAGUAAAAGUAGCCGGAACCUCUGAGAACGACGUCCGCCCAAAACCCUCCUUCCUAAAACCGUGCCCAGAACGCUCUCAUCACCAACACACUCUACAAGAAAACGACGAUAUACACAUAUUGAACCCAAGAAUUACUGCUAUGAUAGCGCACUUGCAAUUCGAUGAUUUGCAAAGAGAAGAGAUCGAGGCGAUCUCGAGGCAGAGGGACGUGCAAGUUUUUUUGUUGGAGAGAUUCGGAUAG